CCAUGGGCUGUUCCAUAGACACCUAAGAUGAAGAGACCUUUAGAGAAGAAAGGAUCAAUAAUUGGGGAUUAUUUCCUGGCCAAGAAGCCUGUCAGCAGGCAGCUCAGUUUUGCCACUCAGUUGAAGAACGGCUCACCUGAUGUGAUCCCUGCGGCAGAGACAACACAACUAUCAGAAAGAAACCAGACAGCUGUCACGCUACUAGACAGCAAUACGGGUGGCCCUCAGCGUGUGUUUAAGGUGGUGUUUUUAGGCAGCUCAGGAGUGGGCAAGAGCUCGUUCAUCCACCACUACUGCAGAGGCCAUUUCCCAAAUAAAAUGAGCGCUACUGUAGGUAUGGAUUUCCAGGUGAGAAGUCUGGAACUUAACUCCACCCAUAUUGCGCUUCAGCUUUGGGACACAGCAGGACAGGAGAGAUUCCACAGCAUCACUCAGCAGUACUACCGCAAGGCUGACGGAAUCCUGGCCAUGUAUGAUGUUACUCAGGCCACCUCGCUCAUGGCACUGCGUGACUGGCUAGACCAAAUUCAGAAAGACAUGGCUGAGGGAGCAUGUCUGAUGUUACUGGGCAAUAAGACAGACAUGGUGGAAGGGGGAAGGAGACAAGUGACCUCCAGACAGGGCCAGAAAUUGGCUGAGGAGUACCAGGCAGAAUUCUUUGAAUGCAGCGCUAAGAGUGGCCAUAAUAUCCAGAGGUCCAUGACACACCUGGCUCGACUGAUGGCGGCACAGCAAGAUAAACAGUGUGAGUCUGCCCUUCAUCUUCAUGACAAUUCCAGCAACAGAGGGCACUGCUGCAAAUAGUUAGAGGAGUAGCGUCAUGUGAGGAUAUAAAACCCAGUCAGCUGGUCGUGGAACUUCUGACAGAGGCCCACAUCACACCAAGAGGAACACGACCUAAUCUCAGAGCACUUAUGGAACAAGAAGAGGUUCUCACUACAUUUGGCUGUUUUGGACAGUGGCUUUUUGUAUGCUUUUUGUAUAUGUUUUUUAGUACAUUCAGCCCAAAGUGAGGCCAGUAUUUAACAGAAAUGUAUAUAAUCAUAGACAAUAUUGAUAUAAUACUUUGUUAGGUGACAUAUUUGUUGUUAUUGCACACAGCCAAGUACACUAUAUAAACUUAUAUUAUAUAUAUAUAUAUAUAUAAACCUCUCUACCAUCUCCAAAAUGGUAACUUUACAGGAGAAGGAAAAAACCUACUUUAAUUAUAUAAUGUAAGUCAAUGGAAACAGACUUUUUCCUAAGACAUUUUAGGCCGUUAUCUUUGGUCCAGUCAUUAUGAAUUUUACACACAAUGUAAAGAGCAGCAGACAUUUUCAAAGUAUGUCAAAAACAGAGAUACAAGAUUUUGU